GCGCGCGGUCCGGCCGCCCCGGCGCCCGGCGCGGGAGCGGAGCGGAGCGGGACGCCGAGUCCCGAGCGGCCGGCGGCCGGGGCUCCCCGCCCCUCCCUCCUCUCCGGCGGCGGCGGCGGGCGGAGUGAGCUGCGGAGCCUGGAAUAUGGUCGGGGAAAUGGAAACGAAGGAGAAGCCGAAGCCCACCCCAGAUUACCUGAUGCAGCUGAUGAACGACAAGAAGCUCAUGAGCAGCCUGCCCAACUUCUGCGGGAUCUUCAACCACCUCGAGCGGCUGCUGGACGAAGAAAUUAGCAGAGUACGGAAAGACAUGUACAAUGACACAUUAAAUGGCAGUACAGAGAAAAGGAGUGCAGAGUUGCCUGAUGCUGUGGGACCUAUUGUUCAGUUACAAGAGAAACUUUAUGUGCCUGUAAAAGAAUACCCAGAUUUUAAUUUUGUUGGGAGAAUCCUUGGACCUAGAGGACUUACUGCUAAACAGCUUGAAGCAGAAACAGGAUGUAAGAUAAUGGUCCGAGGCAAAGGCUCAAUGAGGGAUAAAAAGAAGGAGGAGCAAAAUCGAGGCAAGCCUAAUUGGGAACAUCUGAAUGAAGAUUUACAUGUACUGAUCACUGUGGAAGAUGCUCAAAACAGAGCAGAGAUCAAGCUGAAGAGAGCUGUUGAGGAAGUGAAGAAAUUACUGGUACCUGCAGCAGAGGGAGAAGACAGCCUGAAGAAGAUGCAGCUGAUGGAGCUUGCGAUUCUCAAUGGCACCUACAGAGAUGCCAACAUUAAAUCACCAGCCCUUGCCUUUUCUCUUGCAGCAACAGCCCAGGCUGCUCCAAGGAUUAUUACUGGGCCUGCGCCUGUUCUCCCACCAGCUGCCCUGCGCACUCCUACGCCAGCUGGCCCUACCAUAAUGCCUUUGAUCAGACAGAUACAGACCGCUGUCAUGCCAAACGGAACUCCUCACCCAACUGCUGCAAUAGUUCCUCCAGGGCCCGAAGCUGGUUUAAUCUACACACCCUAUGAAUACCCCUACACGUUGGCACCAGCUACAUCAAUCCUUGAGUACCCUAUUGAACCUAGCGGUGUAUUAGGUAUGGCUUUCCCAACGAAAGGCUAAGAAUUCAAGAACGGUCUUAACUGAACCCUCAUCAGAUCUGAAUUUAACAAAUGCUUAGUCUCAGCAGCCUCCGGGGGGGUGGGAGGGAAGCUUAGCCUAGCAGUCAGUGACUUACUUGCACUUUUUGCACACUGAUAGAAAGCAAAAGUCUGGUAUUAAUUGGUUUAGUCAGUAAUCUCCCAAGUAGUGGUAAUUUAUAAAGGAGUGUAUAGUAGUGUACUGACUGCUAAGUGUACUAUACUGUUUGCUUUACUAAUCACCUAAUUCAUUGCAGUUCAUACUUAGUGACUCAAAGUUUAGAACCACAAUCUGUAGGCUUUAAGAAUUGCUUUUAAACCUUUUUAAGUGAUAAACUCUGGAAGUGGUCUUAAGGUUAGCAAAUAAUUAUCAGUAUUAAACAUGGCAUUAUUUAAUUAGUCCUGCUGCAAGAAAGGCACUUCAGUGAAUAUGUGACUAGUAAAGCUUGACUAUGUUUGGAUCUAAUAGAGUUCAUGAAAUCUGUAACUUGGGAUUGUAAAUGAAUGGAUAAAAUAGGUUAAGGCCAAGAUGUUUGAAAUGAAUGCAAUAUUAAUAGAUGCAUAUAUACGCAACAUAUUAUGGUUAAUUUUAAAACUACUGUGCCUUAACGUGUUUCCUAAAACAAAACUUUUGUAGUAAAUGAACAUUUGAAAUCCAUUUUGAUAAACCUACUGUUAAUGUUUGUUUUCUUUUCCCUUGUGAAUGUUUUCUAACUUUGUCUUGGUAAUUGCAAUUUAACUAGGUGCGGUGGCUACUAAAGUUCGAAGGCACGAUAUGCGUGUCCAUCCUUACCAAAGGAUUGUGACCGCAGACCGAGGUUAGUUUAGUUCUGCAGUUCUUGUUUAUGAGAAAUGCUUUGGGUGUCCAUAAAAUUUGCAACACCACACCUGACGGAAAAAUAUUACUGCUUACCUGCACACCAUUUCUUAACCUUUUCUAAAUUAAUUUGUAAUAAUUGACAGAUUUAAGGGUUGGGAUUUGGGGGUGUGGUUUUUUUUUCCCUCCAUCUUUUAACUUAUUCUAUAUUAGUAUGUACAAUGAUUUAUUUCUACUAAAAUAUAAAUUAGUCCAUUUGGGGAGCUAUUCAAUUUUGAUGUUGCCUUAGUUAUUUUUCAAUAAUAAUUUUGGCUAAAAUUUACCUUUUAAUUGUUCUGAAAUUUGGGGUUGGUUUUGCAAAAUGAACUAAGAGGAUGGUGCUUUAAUGAGAGAAGUAAAGAAAUAUAUGCCUCCUAUGUCCUUUUGGAGAAAACUGAAGAUUUAGUUUCCAUUUUCCUUUCUAGUAAGACACUUGAACCACUUUAUACACAUGAGGAUAUACAUGUCAAGUACUUAGCUGAAAUAACAACAGAGUAAGGACUGUGAAGGUAUCUUUAAUUCAGUUGGAUGUUUUUUUUUUAAAUCAGAAAAAUCAAUUCCCUUAGAUUUUCUUACCAAAAUGGAUCCUUUGAUUUUUGUCAUUUGCUGCUAAAAUAUAUUAACUGAAGGUAAACUGUCUCUUCAAGUUCUGUGGUGACAUGAAUCCAGCUGUUUGAAAAUCCUUUUUGACUAGCCUGUGACUGGAAAAUAAGUCUUCAUUUUUCUCCUUUUCACCAUUUGUAAUUUUUGUUCUAUAUAUGCCCUUGGACCCUUUUAUAAAGUUAUUUAUGUUUAUUGAGGAGUGAUGGUUUCGGUUUAUUGACAUUGUUUUCUAAGCUUGUCUUUAUAAGAAAGGAAUCCAGAGCAAGAUAGAAAGGAUUUUUUAAUAAGCUUCUGUUAUGGCACAUUUAUUACCUACUAGUUAACUUGAUCAAAGUGUGUAUCUAAUAUUAGUGGGGGAAAGUGAUGUAUUUACACUCUAGUCCUAUAUUUUCUAUGAAAUUAUGAAAGACCUACCUGUUUCACCUUGAAUGCGCAUGAUAAAUAUUGGACACAGCUAUCGUCCACAUCAGGAUAAAAUACCUUUCCAAACACAAUGGUAUUUAUUUGGCUUCAUACAUAAAGAAUUUGACAACUGCAACCUAAUAACAUAUAUUACUUGUGAUGAUUCAGGAAACAGACCCCCAAGCUCAAUUUUGAUCUAUGAAGAUAACAUACCUUACAAGUGUGUCAUGCACAAGCAUGCACACCAUCCUUCUUGCAUCAGAAAAAGUCUCCUGGUGAAGGGAGAAAUUUAAAAAAAUAAAUUUGUUUUUAAGCAACUUUUGAUUAAGGAAACUAAAUAAUCCCAUGAACAAUUUGAUGCCUUUUUUUCCCUACAUUGUUCAUGUCUGAAACAGUUCUAAAGAGUAUGUUAAAGUAGUCUGUUCCUCUUUCCCUGGGUGCCCCUUUUAAGAAAUUUCCUCUAAUGUUGUUUUAACACAGUAAGUAUUGGUCUGCUCAAUACUCCAGUGCCUUGAGAUAGGAAGAUUUUGCUGUAUUUGGAAAUGAUAGCACAUUCCAUGUGUGGCUCUUGUGUAGUUAUAUGUGUUUUGAUUAGUCCUGUCAGUUUUUAUUCAGAAUGCAAUGUCAGCAAACCGAAAUGCUACUUUUUUUUUUUUUUUUUUUUUUUUAAAUAACAGAAUACUCGUGUACUGCUGUUCUAUCACUGUAUGCACUCAUUGGGUCUAAGGGAGAUGUCUGAAAUCCUUCACUUAAAUUAUUUUAUGAUACUACUGUUUUCUCUAUUUUUGAGGUUUUUUAAUUAUUAUUUUUUAAUCUUUUGAAGGGAAGAUUAAUAUAAGCAUUCGUUUAAUGCAAGAAAACUCAGCCCUUGGAUAUAUAACCAUGUAAUUCAAUAUGAGCAUUUAGAGUUCUGCGUGGUUGACAGAUACCUAGUUCUUUACUAAAAGUAAACCCAUCUCUACACAUAUUUCAAAACUGAAUUUGAAACCUAUAAAAGACCAACUGACUUUUUAGUUGUAAUGAACCAUAAGUGAUUUUGCACGGUUGACACACCUGUGUGUACUGUAGGAGGCCAGGACUUGGCAGAGGAAAUAUUCUCGGUUUACUGGUAUAUAUAUAUAAAUGGUAGUUUGCUUUGUUUAUAUAUUCCACUCUCAAAAAAAAAAAAUCAGCAUUUUUCUAAACAAUGAUUUUACAAAAACCAUCAUUUACAUAUUUGUAUAAGAAACUUAAUACAAUUUUAAUCAAAAUUUUAAGUAAUUUCAAAAAUGCUUUAAGAUGCUAUAUUUCUGGAGUACCUAUGAAGUGGAUGACUACAUCAUGUUAAAUAUUUAUUUUCUUUUUUGAUUUUGGAAUAGCAGUUUUAUUUUAAAUAAAAUUCCACUUAUUUUUAAGAAAUUCAGGGAAGAUUUGGUCCCACUGAAGAUGCAGUAUUUUUGUAGUAUUUAUAAGCUGUCCUAAAUGAUAGACUAUAGAAAGCAUUUUUGCUGUAUGAAGGUAAGCCAGCCCAUUCUAUAGGUCGUUUAAACUCGAAACGUUUCACCCACUGGGUUUUGAUUUGUGAAGUGGCAUGGAAUCUACCUUUGCACUGAAUAUCUUUUCAUUCAUAUCUCCUCUGCCUUAGUCACAGUGGCAACAGUACAGAAAAUUCUAUCAAACCUCAGAAUAUAGUAGAAAUAAUUAAGCUGUUGAAUGAGUCUUAAAAAAUCAUACUACUGUUAAGUGGACCAAGUUUGGUGAAGCAGAAUGAGACAGAGGUUGAUUAAGGAAGGAACAACUCAAGGAUAUUGGGAACGAUAACUUUUCCACUUGAGAACUACUUUUAUGUUUUACUGUAAUUUUAAAAAAAAAUUUUUUUUUCUGUUUGUUAUUUUGCAAAAGAAAAUAGUAUUUACAGGUGGCUUCUUUUAAAAUAUAAAAUAUAAAGCAGGAAUGUAUAUGAAAUGUCAGAUUUUAUUGUAUUUGCAGAGUAUUAGCUUUGAAAUUGAAUAAAGAAAGCUGUUUGUAGUUUUAAAAUGCCUUAUUGGUAUCAAUUAGAAAUUUCUUCUAUUUUUUGAUGUACUUAGAGCUUUUUGAGUAUAGAAUUUUAAAUGGCAGGAUUUUACAGUGUUUACAUGCAAGUGCAUUUUAUAAGUGUUCUAUAUGUGUAAAAUAGUAUUUUCAACUGGAAAGUCUUGGCUAGUGCAGAAGGCCUGGCCUUUUUCUGGUUCCCAUGAUGUUGCCUACACUGCUAGACUACAGUUUAGUAUUGCUUUGUAUCAUGAGGCCAAGAAAUUCCCUGUUGUUUGUAAAUAGAAUAAUUGAAAAAGCAAUAAACAUUUAUUGAACAAAAGAAACCUUGUUUGGCCCAGAGUUUAUGUUGAACCAAAUUAUUCAUAGAAAUUUAAAUUUCUCUAGAUUCAUUUCUGUUAAUCAUCAGUUAUUAAUAAUCACAUCCAUCAUUAAUAGUUGCUUUAAUGCUUGCAUCUGAGAGAAUACUAAUGCUUAAUAGCAGUCAGAUACUGAUAACUGCACUGACUGUUUCAAAAUUCUGUAUACCAAACCUAUUCAUUGUUGUUGUUUUCCAAUUUCCUUCAUUGACUGCUACUAACUAUUAGUUGUUAGUUGUUAUUUUAUUUCUAUUUUUUCUUGUUAACAGUUUUUUUUUUUUUUUUUGUGGGAGUGGGCUUUCCUUCAUUUGUUCAAAUCAUGAUAUAAAAUUGUCAUGAUUUUUAUUGUAUUCUGUAGAUGGUGUCAAUCAGUUUGUCAGAAUUAAACAUGCUUUUUUUUAUUAGUUGUGAUUAGUUUUUCAUGUUGUCAUUAAGCCGUCACUAGCUGAAACUAAUCUCUUCUCUAUCUUUUCUUUUCUUUUUUUUUUUUUGUUUUGUUUUUUGUUCCUAACCACCCAGCCGCCACCGGCAACUAACCUAUGACCUUCUGACCUCUGAACUCUUCACCCAAUGAUGACCUGACCAUGCCUGCCUGCUGAUCAGUUAACUGGUAAUCGCCUUUGCUUGCCUGUCGUCAGUGCAGCGAGCUGAGGCACUUGUCCGUUCGUCUUACCAUCUAACCAAACAAAAGACAAAGAAAUUGUUGUCCUCCAACUCAGCUUUUGUUUGUUUUUUUUGUUUUGUUUUUUUUUUGUUUUGUUUUUUUCCUUUUCUGUUUGGGUGAAAGUGGUUCUAGAACCUGCACUGAAUAGUAGUAAAGCAAUAAGGCCCAAUUCAUCCCACAGCACUGAUCAUCUUUUAAUGUCCCACCCUAAGCGAACGGUAAGAAGGCCUCACUUCAGAAGGGGAGACAGAUGGCCCUUAACUACUCAAUGACAGAGGCAGUUACUGUGAGAGACUUCUAGGAAUCUUUCUUCUCAUAGCGAGUCAAAGCUCUCUGAAUGUACUGUGUGAUGAUACAUCAUGCAUGAACCUUUGGUCAGGGAUGUCAUUGGUGAAGUGAUUUCAAAAAGUAUUCAAAAUUUGAUAUGCUGUUUAGUCACUACAGUGCCCUCAAAGGGCAGAAGUUGCAGCCUUUUUUAUAUUGCCUGCCAAAAUUUGAAGUAUUAGAAGUGUGCCAUGAGAGAAAAACUUAACAAGGAAUUUUGAAAAGUAAUGCAAAGAACAGAACUGCAACACUAUUUUUAAAAUAAUAAAUAUCUGAGUUAAAAUUACUGAACCUUUAUUUUACACCUCCUUUAAAAAAUAUACGAGAACAAGGUACAUGCAUUAUGUGUCACAUUACUGGGCAAACUGUUCAAAUAUUUUUUUUAAACCUCCCUGUAUAGAAAAAAAUCAUUAAGGAUGUAAAAGCCAUGCUUGCCUAUUUGCUGUAUACAUGUAAUGAAAUUGUAGAUAAAGUGUAGUGCAUUGAAACAAAUGAACAAAAAGUAGAUACUUUUACUAUACAAGGGUGCUGGUGCAGAAAAAAUAUAUAUAUUUUUGGAAAUGUAGCAUUUUAUACUUUCAAGUGUUAUAAAAAAAAAAAGAAAAAGAACAAAGAAACCCUUUAUUUCAUUAAAUGAUUUUUUCUGGUGGUUGUCAAGAAACAAAAGACCAAAAGAGCCUUUUUGUCUUUCUUUUUUAUUUUUUAAGUAUUGGAAUAAGUCUAAAGAAAAGAAAGUGCCUUAUUUUCCUUCAUGGUCAUUUAGUCAAGUGUUUGUAAGAUCAGCUCCUCCCUCAGAAUACAAGUUAAUGCAUGUUACUCAGUCGCCCAGUAUGUGAAAGAAGAUAAGAGGGGAGACAAAUGAGUUGAUGGUUUGAAUUAUAUGAUUUUUGCCACGUUACCUUGAUAUAAAUUUGCCAAAUCUGAUACUGUGAAAAAACUCGAUAACUUCUUUUGUAAUGCCCAACAAGUUUUAAAAUAUUCUUUUAAAAUCAUAAUUGCUUUUGAUUAUUUCAGUAUUUAAUGUUAGCCCAAAGAAUUCUGACAUAAAAAUUAUGUAUGAUCUGAACAUCAGUUUACAGACAAAAUUAGGGCUUCUGUUUUAUUCAAGGGGGGUGUGGGUUUGCUGGAUUUUUUUCUUAUAAAUCGGCAGUAAUAGUAUACCUAUAGUGAUCUUUUUCACGAAUUGAAUAUUUGUGAUUUUCAUUCUGGAAAACAAAUGUUUUUAGCGACCUAAGCCACCCCCCCACCACACCCCCCCUUGACUUUAAAAGAAUGUGAAAGACUAGCAUCAUUGUGCAUGUAAAUAUACUCAACUACAUGUGAUUUUUAAACUUCCAAUUUCUUUGGAGUUCAGUUAGUUUUGUAGUUGAAGUGAUGUGUGCACAAAACUUCCAUCUAACUCUCAAGUGGUCAUUAACUGCUCAGUACCAGAUGUGGCAAAUAGCAAGGGGCAGUGGAUCCCCAGCUCAUCAGCUCCUCCCUCUUAACACCUUCACAGCUUCACAAAGGUCAGCAGUAAGCUCAGUAAGCACCUUCACGGUGACCUCUUCAUCAUCUUGUCUCACUCGGAAAUCGUUUUCAGUUUAUUUACUAUGCAAUAGACAUUCAUUGUUUCGUAUUCAGCUAGCUUUGGUUUAAUGCGCCACUGCUUUGUCUUUCUGUUACAUAUACAGUUGUUUUGAUUUAUUUACAAUAUAUGCUGUGCCAUUUUGAUUUUUACUUUGGUUGGUUGAAUAAAUUUGCGACACUCAAAACACUUGAGGUGGUAGUUUAAAAAAGAUACCAGUAUUUGAUCCAGUUUCAUCUCAGCUAUGUUAUACCUGGACAUUUUAGAUGUUUAUCAAAGGUCUUUUAUGGGGAAGAAAGUAAAUGUAUGAAAUAAAUGUGUGACAUUUAUGAGUAAUGUUGGCUCUGAACAAACUUUUGAAAACUUAGUUGACAAAAUUUUGGAUCAACUGAAAAAAAAGCAUGACUUUUGAAAUCUCUGAAUGCCUUGGUUCUCAGUAUUAUCAUACUUUAUUGAAUUUAUUUCUUAUUAAAAUACGUAGUUUUUAAGACUUUUUUUCUGACAGUAUUAUGUAAUUUUUUAGCGCGGGUAGAUGGGAGUGUCGCUUGUAUGUUACCGUACAGCUGACAUGUAUUUUUGUCUAUUCUUUAUUAUCUUAGUAGUUUCAUGCUAUGUAUGUACCAUAACCAACCUAUUGCCUAUGAGAAACAUGUAAGAUAAUGUAUUUACAGCCAUUGUUACAAGUUUAUAAUGUAUUUUUCUAUCUUGUUUUAUAUGUAUGUUAUAUAACAUUCAAAAAGAAUUUUUUUCUUGAUUGAGAAAAGGAUACAAGAUGCAAAAUCCACAAUUUUGAUAACUGAAAAUUGCCAAUUGUUUUGCAGUACUUUAUUAUAUUGGGUGUCUUGUCUUUCUUGGGCUUUUAGUUAGCUAAUGAAUGAGUACAUUAGACACUUUUGGGUUUUAGUUGGGAUUUUACAUAGCUUGCAUUUUAAUUCUUUGGUUCUUUGCUGUUUCUAUUAACCCAUAGCAUUAUUUUAAUAAAUGUUAUAAUACCAACCUACUAACUCCGGACUAUGUCUGUUUAUUAACCUUUACGUGUUUAAUUAAAAUAAACAAAUAAAGACAAAAGAAUGUAAAGUCUUGAAUUACUGGACUAACCCUGAAGAACGUGACCACAGAUAACAUAGCGUGACUUGUUUUUAUGUUGUUUGUCAGCUGACAAUUCCGCACACUACUGUUAAAAUGGCCUUUUACCUUGGGGGGUAGGUGCCAGGAGAGACGGGAACAAAGUAGUGUUGGUUUGAGGCACUAUUCUGGUCUUGCCACUUGGCUUUCAACCUCUGCAUUACUAAUUCCACACUUUCUUAUUUCUCCUUCUCCAAAAUAAUCACUCUCUGCUCACAGCAUAAAGAGUAUAAAGGGAUUCAUUGUAAUGAUAUGCCCGAAAAACCAGUUUGAUUCUUUGUUGAACCAUUUUUCAAAAUUUCUGUUAAGUAGAUAAUUUUAUGCUCACAUUAUAAAUCAAAGAAUCUGUUGAGGUUUUACCUUUAUUCAGAUUUGUGUUUUAAUUGGAUGUUUUUCCUUAAAAAGUUUUGAACUGUUUUAGCCAGCUGUUCCUGUUGGGCGGGGGGGUGGGGGCUAAACAUAGGUCAAGGCAAGGGUGGAGUGGCUCUUGUCUCAGGACAGUCCAAAGCAAGCUGUCCAUGAGGAUGACACACCCACCUUUCCUCGUGUCCCCCUCACAAGACAGCAGACAGCAUUACUGAGCAUCUUCCUCACCCCCCAAAUACAACCAAUCAGAAAACUACAUUAUUACACAAAGAAGAAUGCUGGCAUUUGAAAAGUUACAUACCAUUAAUUGUUGGCAUGCAAGUGAAUUUAAGAAGAUUCAUUAAAUAUCUUCAUGCUUUUCCUGGCUGCAAGCUAGGUAAACUGACCUCCACUUAUCGGUUCUUUAAUUUCUUAACUCUUGAGGUGCAUUUCUGUUUCACAGACAUUGGCAGUUCCCUUUUCUGUGAAAUAGUUCUCCUGGAUAGUAAUUCUCAGGAUGAAUUUCUGCAUUUGUAAAUAAUGCCUUAUUUUUGUAAAUUACAUUUUAUUUAUUUUAAAGUUUAAAAAUUGGGGCUGAAAUGAGUCACAUGUUAUAGAAAACAUAACUACACCAAUAUGCUAUUAACCAGACUGUCAAAGAAUUCUUAUAGUACAUACACAUAUAUAAAAUACAUAGAAUAGUGAUAGCGUCUAAUUUAAUCGUAACUGAGAUGGUUCUUUGGAUCAAACAAAUACAGUGUUUCUCCAUUAGGGAAGGGGGCAAUGUGUUAUUGUUAGGUAGCAGGAGCUUUAAGAUGAUACUAUCUCUAAAGGUUCACAUUGCCUGUUAAUGUUACAGUUAAUAUUUUUCUGUAAAAAUCUGAAGCUGUCUGUCGCGCUGCUAAUACGUAAGUCAUCAGGGUACCGUGUCACUGAAAUUGAUGAGGAAUUUCUAUGCAAUUUACUCCACAUUUUCUGAAGCCUAUGAAUGCAGUCUCAUCUCAUUUUCAGUUCAGGGUACUCUUGUGUAUAAUUAUAUCAUAUUGCCACCUUUUAUGUUGGAAAAGUCUAUUUUUAAAAGGUGAAAACAACAUUACGAAUCCCUUUUUUAUGGAGGCUCUAAUCGUAUUAAACAUGAAAUCACCAAAUUGUUACAAGAAUCAGUUUACUGUUUAUACUACUAGUAUUUGACAAAGCAAUUGAAACUAAGGCUUUCAGUCGAGAAGUUGAUGGAAUUAAUGCACUCUGUAGUCAAGCAUUUUUUUCUUAGGCAAAAUGUUUGGGGAAAUGUGGCAUGAAAGUAGAUACUCGCAUCGGCCCUUGUGGAGGCAGUAGGAGUACCCUAAAGCCAAGACGUGCACGUGUUUACGCAAAAUAGAAGGUUAAGCUUUCCAAAUACAUACUGUAUAAAUACGAAGGAUCUAAAUUUUCUAGUGCACCAAAAGCAGGUUUAAUUUAAAUUGCUCAUUACCAAAUCCAGAGUCUACCAGCUAACACUUACAUAACUUAUGUAUGACAGUCCAAGGUUUCUCCAGUUUUGUUUUUUUGGAGCGGGGGUUGUUUGCAUUUUGGAAUAAGAUAUCAUUAUUUCUUGAUAACAGCUAUUGUAUUUUCAAGUGAUUUUUAAUAGAAUAAAAUGUAUUAUUAAAUUAUAAUCCACUAUUAGCAAAAAUUACUCAAAACUUUUUGGACUUACAAACUUUCUUAAGUACAUAAGGUAAUUUCUAAACAUUGUCACAUAUUUAAUACCUUUAUUUAAAAUGGAAAAAUUAAUUCAUUUUGUAGACUACAUUUAGCAAUAGUCAUAUGGUACAUGUGUGAUUUUUUUUAUCUGUGGUUUCUUUAAUAAUUAUCUAAAUUGAAAUGCCUUUGCUAUGAAAAGAGUUAAAAUUAUAGACAUACCUGGUACUCAAUGCUGAAUCAAACUGGUUCACCUAGGCGUAGUACUCUCCUUUCUGUAUUUCGCUGCACUAAUUGCAGGGGGUGGGAGAGAAGGAAGAAGAAUUAAUUCACAGUAGAAGUGGAUGGUAGGUGCGGCACAGAGCAACACAAUGUUGAUGUCUCAUUGCUUAUGAUUUUGCUGUCCCUUCUUGGGAAAAGAUACCACAUUGGAAAAACACAGCUCCCGGGGUAAAAAAUUAUAUCUUUAAAAAAUGCUAUUAUUGAGAAAUUUUGAUUACCAAAUACAUCUUUUAUGGCUUAUAUUGUAGAAGUGUAUAUAAAAACGUUUAGUUUUCCUCGUGGAAAUUGUGUAUGUAGAGAAAAGUUGGAAUAGCUCUCCCCAAAUCAUAUGUGAAUGGAGAACCACGUACGACUGUACAUGACGUGCAAUAAACCAGCUGGAAAAAGUG